AUGACCCAAGCAGACAGAAUCUUCCACACCACCCUGCGAUGGCUCCUCGUGCUGCUCAUCGGCACGUGCACCGGCCUCCUCGCCUUCUUCGUCAACAUUUCAGUCGAAGCCAUUGGCGGCGCCAAGUUCGGUCUAGUCUUUGCCCACAUCAAGGGACAAAAUUUCCUAGGAGGCUUCCUGGUGCUGGCAGCGACAAACCUUGGUCUUGUACUCGUUUCAACGUGCCUCUGUAACGGGAUAGCGAUGGAAGCAGUGGGAUCCGGUAUUCCCGAGGUGAAGGGGUACCUGAACGGCGUCAGCACGCCUGCUGUGCUCUCCGCUAAGACCCUCAUUGUCAAGGUGAUAGCCAUUCCCUCCCGGCAAGUUGAGGGGUACCUGAACGGCGACAGCACGCCUGCUGUGCUCUCCACUAAGACUCUCAUUGUCAAGGUGAUUGAUAGUCCCCCUGCAUAUUCAAUCAGCACUGCAAGCAUCACCAACAUCUUGGCCGUGGCAGGAGGGCUAGCAGUGGGAAAAGAGGGCCCUCCGGUGCACUGUGGGGCAUGCAUCGCCCGCCAGCGUCCUGUUAAUCUUUCUCUCCUCCCGUCCUCCUCCCUUGUCUAUCAGGCGUUGGGCUGCAUAACAGCCGUGGCAGGAGGGCUAGCAGUGGGAAAAGAGGGCCCUCCGGUGCACUGUGGGGCAUGCAUCGCCCGCCAGCGUCCUGUUAAUCUUUCUCUCCUCCCGUCCUCCUCCCUUGUCUAUCAGGCGUUGGGCUGCAUAACAGCCGUGGCAGGAGGGCUAGCAGUGGGAAAAGAGGGCCCUCCAGUGCACUUUGGGGCAUGCAUCGCCCGCCAGCGUCCUGUUAAUCUUUCUCUCCUCCCGUCCUCCUCCCUUGUCGAUCAGGCGUUGGGCUGCAUAACAGCCGUGGCAGGAGGGCUAGCAGUGGGAAAAGAGGGCCCUCCGGUGCACUGUGGGGCAUGCAUCGCCCGGCAGCGUCCUGUUAAUCUUUCUCUCCUCCCGUCCUCCUCCCUUGUCUAUCAGGCGUUGGGCUGCAUAACAGCCAUGGCAGGAGGGCUGGCAGUGGGCAAAGAGGGUCCUCUGGCAUUGGGCAGCAUAGCAGCCGUGGCAGGAGGGCUAGCAGUGGGAAAGGAGGGUCCCCUGGUGCACUGCGGCGCAUGCAUUGCCAGCAUUCUGGGCCGUCUCAGCCAUUGGAUCUCCGCGCGGCGCGAUCUCAGCCGUCCGCGCAAGCCGCGGAUCCAGACAGCUAGCUCUUUCGCCUCGUUGGGACUGUUCAAUCACGGGUCGAUCAAGGCUUUAAGAACGCCGGUGUGGGUGCACAGCGACAGGGGUUUAAGGGACCUGGUGACGUGUGGCGCUGCCUCGGGGAUUGCUGCUGCGUUUCUUGCUCCCGUGGGCGGUGUGCUGUUCGCCCUGGAACAAGUCACCUCCUGCGACAGGGGUUUAAGAGACUUGGUUACAUGCGGUGCUGCCUCGGGGAUUGCUGCUGCGUUCCUUGCUCCCGUGGGUGGUGUGCUGUUCGCCCUGGAACAAGUCACCUCCUGCCUCACCCCACCCGUGUCCUUCCCCCAUCUCCCCCCCUCUCCCCCCAUCCCCCCCCCUCUCCCCCCGUCUCCCCAACUCUCCCCCCGUCUCCCCAACUCUCCCCUCGUCUGUCCCCCUUCCACACACAGGUGGCGCAACUCCCUCAUCUGGCGAAUCUUCUUCACCAACUCGGUCGUGGCCAUGGUGCUCCGAGCCUGCAUCUCCCUGUGCGAGGGCGACAGGUGCGGCGGCAGCUUCGGGUCCCGAGGCUUCAUCCUGUUCGACCGAAGCAAGUCCCGAACCGACUUUGGGCUGCUGGAGGUGGUGCCGGUGGCUCUGCUGGGCGUCGUUGGGGGCUUGCUGGGUGGGUUGUUCAACCACCUUAAUGUGAAGCUGUGUGCUUACAGGAAGCACAGAUUACACAGGCACGGGGCAUGGGCGAGGGUGCUAGAGGUCCUCCUCAUCUCCCUCCUCACCUCCUCUCUUCGCUUCUAUGGCCCUUUUCUAGCCUCCUGCCUGCCCUGCCCUCAAGACCCGGAUGGGGGAGGGGACCUGCCGCAAGGUUCUUUCAACUGCCCGAGCGUGGUCGGAACGGGCGACCACAAGGCUUUCGCCUGCCCGGACGGGCAGUAUAAUGAUCUCGCAAGCCUGGUGUUUACGACAAACGACGACGCCAUUGGAAACCUGUUCCGUACGGGGUCGUUUGGAAUUUUCACGUGA